AUUCCCACAACGCCACGCCCGACCAAUUCCCCCCUCGAGCACGGCCUCUCGAUUUCCAAUCUCCAGACCUACUACACCACGACACCUACCGCUGGCCAGCAGGAUAAAGCCCAGUCCAAAACAGCCCCAAUUGCAAAACCUCGACCGCCCAGCAAUGCCACCCCGCGUGGCCCCCCUCGGCCGCAUCCCCGCCCUGACCCGGCGGCGCCUGUGUGUAGCAGUAGCCCGGCAGUCCCGCUACUACUCGAUCACAACCACCACCGACUCCGCGGCGGCACCCCUCAUCACCGUGACCGACGUCCAAGCCCCGGGCUCCGGCUUCAUCCGCGUCCUCGAGCUCAACCGCCCCGCCGCGCGCAACGCCAUCUCGCGCUCCUUGCUCUCCGCCCUGCGCGCCGAGAUCGACGACGUCCAGAGCCAGUACACCAGCGAUGGGCAGGAGCUGCCCCCCUCCUCGUCCCCAAAUGGCGGCAACCAGCAGCAGAGACAAGGUCCCACGAGGGCCCUGGUCCUCGCGAGCGCGCUCGACACGAGCUUCUGCGCCGGCGCAGACUUGAAGGAGCGCAAGGGCUUCACGCAGGAAGAAACAGCCGCCUUCCUCAAGAACCUCCGCGAAACAUUCACCGCCCUCUCCUCGCUCCCGGUACCCACCAUCUCGGCGAUAUCCUCCCUCGCCCUGGGAGGCGGUCUCGAGCUCGCCCUGUCCACGCACUUCCGCGUCCUCACCUCCACCGCGGCCGUCGGGCUCCCCGAGACCAGGCUGGGAAUCAUCCCCGGCGCGGGCGGGACGUUCCGCCUGCCGGCGCUGAUCGGCCUGCCCCGCGCCAGGGACCUCGUCCUGACGGGCCGCAGGGUCAGCGCGGCGGAGGCGUACUUCCUGGGCAUCGCGGACCGGCUGGUCGAGGUCCUCCCCGAUGAUGCUGAGGGGGGUAGCAAAGAGCACAACGAGCAGUCGGAAAAGAAGGCCCUCGAGGCGGUCCCCGCAAAGGCCCGCCGCGCCGCGCUCGCCGAGGCCGUCAGGCUGGCCAUGGAGAUCUGCGAGGGCGGGCCCGUGGCCAUCCGCGCCGGGCUGCAGGCCGUCAGCUGGGCCAGGGAGGAGGUCGAGAACGCCAUGUACCAGCGGGUCGUGGCGACAGAGGACCGCGACGAGGCCCUCAAGGCGUUUGCCGAGAAGAGGAAGCCCGUCUUCAAGGGCCGGUGAUUCUUUUCCCCACCUGCCUGCCGUAGAAUGAUUGGAAAUCAGUUGAGGGGCUUACACUUUAUUUCAUCUGGGCAAUGUCUUCUCGUAGUUGUAAGAGCCUCGUCUUGUAUCGCAAUCCAAGACCUUGGGACAUACGAGCUCACAUGUUGACGAGGAAUCUUGCGAGCUUAGAAAAAUGGUUGUACAGGUGCGCCAUCGAGAAGACACAGCACAAUCAGGUCAUG